GUCUGUGGUUUUAUCUUUGAACGAGUUUUACAAACUAGUGUCGUUGCAAAUCAGUAAAUAAAAUAAGAAGUACAUACUAGCGCCGCGAUUCGGCUGUUUCCGGUUAUAUUCGAUUAACCUUAAAAUCGCGGUUUUGCCAUUGUGCCGUUGUUCAAUUUUUUUCUGUUUUCUACUCUUCUUAUGAUUAGUUUUUUCCGUUUACAUACGAAUCGUACAAAUACAAUUGAUCUUCCUACGCGAUGACACCACCGAUGGAAAGGAUACAGAUCUUGGAAACGAUCGAGAAAGAUAUUAUUGUGUGCCUACAAAGUGCAGGACAAGCAUUUGUGGAGCUCAGCAAAGAAAAAUCUAGCUUGAAGCAAGCCGAAGCACAAACUCAACAAUUUCUAAAAACACUAGGUCAUGUGGAGUCCAAGUUGAGCGAACAAAUCAACUAUUUGACACAAGUUUCAACAGGACAACCGCACGAAGGUUCCGGAUACGCGAGUCAAAAAGUUUUGCAAAUGGCGUGGCAUAGGUUGGAACACGCGCGAAGCAGAGUGAACGAGCUCGAACGUAUUAAAAACAAACCGAGAUGAGAGCAUAUUGUAAAUCGU